UGUCACAUAAACAGAGAACUAGCAUAAAACAGCACAAACGCCUGUGCUUCAGUUUUUCUUUUUGCUGUUUGUUAUCUCAGCAAUAUACAGUAUAUUAUUAUUAGUGCAUGGUGAGUCAUGUCUUCAAGCUACACAAAGGACUCUAGCUUUUUGGGAGGCAGGAUACCUCCAGAAAUCGAGUCCAUGUCGAAAAACCUGAAGGAUGUGGACCAAGAGUUGUUCAGAAAAAUACUGAAAGCUGUGGUCAGUGCUCUGGAGGGGAAGGACUGCAGAGAGGUGAUGAAGUCGAUAGCAGAGAGCAGCAUCAUCCCACAGGAGAGGCUCAGUCACAUUGUAGCUGGAAUGUACAGAGUGCUGUCUGAGGCCAUUCGUAUACCCACAUCAUCACUUAAACAGGAGGCCUUCAGAGAAGAUCUUAGAGAACUGAGGAUACCUGAAGACUUUAUCACAGAUUUCUCCAGUGUGGUUUUUGGCAGCAGGCGUGCAGCUCUAGAAUCAGCAGCCUCCCAGAGUGAUCCACACCUCCCCACAGUAGAAGACUUUAAAUGGAGAGUGGAUGUUGCCAUUUCUACAAGCUCUUUAGCCAGGGCCCUGCAGCCUUCUGUUCUGAUGCAGAUGAAACUGUCAGAUGGAAGCUUUCAUCGCUUUGAGGUGCCUGUGUCUAAGUUCCAGGAGCUCCGAUACAACGUGGCUCUGAUUCUCAAAGAGAUGAACGAUCUGGAGAAGAGGAAUAUUCUCAAAAUCCAAGAUUGAUAUACCACACAGGCCUGUUAUUUAAUGAAACUGUAAACCACUCUGCUUAGUUUUUGAGAUUCAGAGAGAGAGAGUUUUAUAAGUUGCAUCAAACGCUGCAUGUUUUAAUAAUGUCUAAUAUGAUAUUAUGAAAGAUAAGAAUAAUCUGCCUGUCACGAUGUCAUGAUGUGAUGGUGUUGGCAUCCAACAUUCUUGACUGUUGACAAAAUGAUAAGAAUAGUCAGCCUGCUGGCUUCAGUGCCUACUGACCUAUUGAAGACAAAAAGACACAGACUCACAGCCUAAAUUAAAAACUGUAUCACUCUUCUCUUACAUUUUUGUAAAGUGUACAUAUUAGCAUUAUUAAAUCAGUGGUUGUAGAAAGAUAUGAGACAGCUGCAAAGCCUCCAGAGUGCCAAAAUAUAAAUGCAGUCAAGUGAGCACUCAGACACUCUCUCACUACUCUGACUGCUGUCUUGUGAUCUGGUCUGUUAGAGAGUGAACAUUUUGUUCACAUGCUUCUGAAACACGAGGACGUGCGAGUCAAAGGAUGAUCCAGGAGAUUUUUUCUCUUAUGUUUUUACACAUGUAAUUCAGCAGUGACAAAACAGAAGAUUCACGUCUUUUGGACUGUAGCAUGAUUGUAUAAAAAGAACAAUGAUUCUUCUGUUAUUUUGUAUGUUUUUUUUCAUAAUGAUAUUAAUAACUUUUACCUCUAAAACCACAUUUCUCUAAUAAAAUCUGUCCAUUCCUGAA